UAACAACUUCUCCCCAAAAUCUGAAAACAAUCAAAUCUAGGGUUUCAGAUCCCACAAUCCCUCCCUUCAAUUUCUCCAUUUAGGGUUCCAAUUCCCUUCUCCUUUCCCUCGCUUCACAAUCUCUUUUUCGUCAUUUUCAAAUCGAUUCAAUCAUUGAUUUUCAAUUUCCAUCUUUCCAUUUUCAAAGUGAUUCAUCGUUUUUCCGUUGAUUAUUUGUUAGAUUCAUCAUUAAUUUUGAUUUUCUUUUUCUCUUUGUUGGUUUUGGGUUUUAGAAUUUGGUUGUUAAUUUUGUUUUCGGGGUUUUUGAUUGGUUGAAUUGUUGUUCUAAGGAAACUUCUAGGUUUUUUGUGGGGUUUUUGUUUGGUGUUUGAUUAUGGCUAAUUCUGUUGAAGAAGAUGUUGAUUACGAGAGUGAUCCCAAAGACGAGAGGCGGAGACGCAAGGCUAGUGAUGAUGAAGAAGAAGAAGAUAGAGAAAGAGAAGGUGAUAGAGAUGAUGAUGAUUCAGUUAAGAGUGAAGAUCUUCGUGUUAGGGUUCGUUCUGAUGAUUCAGAUGGUGAAGGUGGUGUUGCUGAUUACGAUGAUGAUGAUGAUGAAAAUGAGGAAAUUGAAGAGGAAGAAGAAUAUGAGGAAGUUGAAGUUGAAGAAGAAGAAGAAGAAGAAGAAGAGUAUGAGGAAGUUUAUGUGGAGAAAGGUGUUGAUGGUUCAGUGAUUGUGGUUAAUGAAUCUGUUGGUGAUGUUAUACCCUCUUUGGGUGAAGAUUCUGCUGAGGUCAAUACUGAGGAGAAAAAGGAGAAUGAACCAUUUGCUGUUCCCACUGCUGGUGCAUUUUACAUGCAUGAUGAUCGUUUCAGGGACAAUUCCGGUGCCCGCCAAAGGCGGAUGCAUGGUGGAAGGAGAUUGUGGGAGUCCAAAGAUGACAAGAAAUGGGGACAUGAUAAAUUUGAGGAAAUUUCAGUGCAGGAUAGGCGCUAUGACGAGAGGAGGAGACCUUCUAGGGGUAAUUUUCGAGGGCGAGGUAGAGCUCGUGGUGGCACAGAUCGUGGGGGACAUGUUCGAGGAAAUAGGAGAGAAUAUAAUGACAGAGAAUAUAACAACAGAGAAUUUAACAACAGAGAAUAUAACGAUGGUAGCAAUCAAAAUCAGGUGCCUAAGGUUGUUGUGAAAGGAAGAGGGCCACGAAGGUAUGAGCCUACUAACAGAAGGAAUGGUCCAGCUCCUCAGGUGCAAAAUAAACAAUCUGGAAAAUCUCAGGAGAAAACCUCACAUGUUAGUUCAGAGAGAGUUUCCAAACCAGCAUCCAAUGCAGAAUCUGACCCUGUGCCUGCUAAGAAAAACUCAAUUUCUUCAAAUUUGAACUAUGCAUCCCCACCAUUUUAUCCAUCAGGCUCUUCAAACAAAGAAAUUAAUCUGGCACAAAAACAGGAUGUACAAAUUGGCAGCACCAGCAGGAAUAUUCGCCCUGGUAUGAAUGAGGGUUUUCCAGUCCAACAAAACAAUGCAAUUCAUCGGGGAAAGAAUGUUGUGGAUUCCAUCAGCAUGGAUAAGUUGUAUAUUGAUGAGUCUGUCGGCCCAUCUGUUGGAAAGCCUUUGAACAAUGUUCCUUUGGCACCAUCUGGGCAUGCUUCUCAGUCUCCUUUUCCCCGGCCUGCUGGGCCUGGGAGAGGUGCACCAAUCCCAUUACAGAUGAAUUAUCCACAUGCUCCCUCACAUAAUCAAGCAAAUAAAGUUUCUCCAAUGCAAAUGCAAGCUAUUCAGAGAAGUUCUGUACCGGGGCGGACUUCAACGUCUGCGCAAGCUGCUGCUCCACAGACUGGCCAUCGACCUGGUAGUGGAUCUCAGUCUUCAUCUCCUCCAAAAAGAUCUGUGUCAAUUAAUUCACUGGAUUCUGGAGACUUGGAUGCCUCCUCGGAAUCAGGUAAAGCCAAAGGAGCAUUGGUUGGGAAGGGAAGAGGAGCUCCCCAGGGUGCUGGAAGGGGACCUUUUGUUUAUGGUGGGGCACAGGUAAUGGGGGCUGCUGGAAAUAUGGCCAUCAGUCAAGGAGACCCGAACUUCCCUGCCUUCUUGCCAGUCAUGCAAUUUGGGGGCCAGCAUCCGGCUGGUAUGGGAGUUCCUGCUGUUGGCAUGGCAUUCCCUGGAUAUGUUCCUGGAAAAUCAGAAAUGACAUGGCUACCAGUCUUGGCUGGUGCUGCAGGGGCUUUAGGGGCUCAAUACUGUUCACCAUACCUUACUGUUGACGGUGCUUACGGUCGACAACCAGGACAGACCUCUGCAAUUGAUUCUUCAAGCAAGGAAAAUAAUGUGAAUAAAGCUAAUAAUAAUGAAUUGAAGCCACCACAAAAAUCUGAUCUGGUAAACGACGAGUAUGGACAAAGACAGAAUAAACCUCGCAGGCAAGUUGGCUUGCAAAACCAUCAUUUAAUAGUUUAGUUACUGUUAAGUAUUAGGUAACUCAUUUCAAUGAAUGUUGGUUAAUUUCUCUAUGCAGAUAUUCGGAGAUGAAUUUUGGUCAGUGAAGUUUAAUAUAGGAUGCAGCUUGUUUGAAAUAAGCAGAUAAAGGCCUUACUCUAGGCCCUUUGUUCUCCAGCUUUUGAUCUGGAGCACUUUGGGCUGCAAUAAAUUUCAAGAAUAUUUUAGUUACAUAACACUUGCUCAAAUGCUGUUCCCUAUUGCUGAAGUUACCGCAGUUUGACGUGUGGGAGUUGCUUGUUUAAUUACGCGGUUUUUCCUCGUGAACUAUGAAUAUAUAGAAAAAAGUAAUCAUAAUGAUUGUGAAGCAGCUCAUGUAAUAGGUUUCCUUUGUUCCAUUUGGUUUCUGACCUUUGUUCUUUGAUUAAGACUUACUUUAUAAGCUUUGGUGAUAUUUGAACUGGAUUGUUUUGUUUUCAAAAUUUUCACAUAUAUUUGGAUUAUAUAGUUUGGUAUUGUGCCAUCUUAUUUUUUUUGUGAUUCACUGUUACUUAUAUAUGAGAAAACAAUUUGAUGGAUA